AUGAGAGGUGGAGAAGAGGAAAACCAGAGCCCGAAUGAAGAGAUGCAGAAAGAAAUUCCAACUCACGCAUCGUCCUCGUCAUCAUCAACAAAUGAAGAAUACAACAAGGCUCCGUUAUGGCUGACUCGAGAUCGGGAGAAUGAAUUGUUACAAGCUCAUAGUAAUCUCAUUGGAGCUGGUAGAAAAUCCAUGAGUCUUGCACCAAGGAGAGCCAAAAAGAGGGAGAGUCUUUCAGAGUUAAUGAAAAAAGCAGAUGAUUUUCAUGGACAACACAUUGACAUUAAUGUCAAAAGCUAUGUUUCCGAUACAGCAGUAUCAACAACCAACCAUCCAACCGAGCAUUCAUUCACAAACAAUCACAAUAGAAACAACAACCUCGAGAAUGAAGAUCAUGAUUGUGCCAUUCAAAGUCCCACACGCUCGCAACCUUCAUCCCCCUUCAUCAUGAACUCAUCCUUAUUAGCGAGUGUGCAAUUGAAAAAGUCUCCUGCAUUGGCUUCAAAGACUAUCGAUUCAGGUACAAUGUCACCACCCGCUAAAAGCAACAAUGUUGAUCAUUCAGACACGACGCCUCCACGUUUCUCCAAAGUAAGCACCAGUGGCAGCAGUAGUAGCAACAAUCAUAAUCAUGUCAAUUCAGGUGUGGAUAAACAGGAGCCAGCUUUGGCCAAACCACCCAUAUUUAAGGGGAACCAAUUGAUGGCAGAAAACUUUCAGAGCGAGCUGUCAAAAAAGCUGUCACAAUCAUCGACAGAGACUCUCAGAUCACCAAAGAAUAAGCCCACCACUGCUGAGAGCGUUUUUGAUGUCAAUUCGAAUGAUGUAAAUUCCAACUUGUCAAAUAAUUUGAGUGCAAAACAAUCAGAGGCUAAUAUUACUGUGAGUGUCAAGAGUGAAAAGACGCCUGAAUCUCCAAAGACGGUGCACAAAUUGAAAAUACCUUCAAUUUUCUCGUCCACCCUCGAACAAACAAGCAAAAGUGAUUCAACUCCAAAGAAAUCAAUUGCGAGAAUUGACUCUCCUAAAGAACCAUCUUUUGGAAACAAUUUAAAGCCAUCUCCAACUAUUAAUCAAGAAGAGUGUGGUCAACUGCCACUCAAGACGCAUGAAAAAUCAGAAUUGCCAGAAACUAGACAGAAUUCUCCUCUCUUCAAAUUGCCUAUUAAACAUGACUCGAAUCUUGAAAACAAUAGUCCAACCAAGAACGAGUCAUGUUCGAUUCCACAACACCAGCCGCCAGCAUUUGAGACGGCAACAACUCCAACUAAAUCGCUCAAAGAUAAGAUUGCAGAACUCGAGAACAAGUCAAAAUUGUCUUCACCAAGUGCUGCAACUACUAAUCAAGUAGAUUUUCGGUCUGUCCUUAAAAAAAGAUCCAAUAAUAAUGUCUUGUAG